UGUAUGUUAAGAAAUAUUUGAAACUUUAUAAAAAAUGUAUAUCUCCAUGUGUUUCUAGUCUGGCAACGCCUCACUCGUCCGAUUUUCAAUACUUCUCGCCUUUUUGCUGUCAUGCAGUCUUUAACGGGCGCGAGCCACAAAUUUUCUUCAAUUUAUCAUGAUACUAGUGCCAACCCAUAUAAAAAUGACGUAAACAGCAAUCUGUCUUCCACGGCAAUAAUGACUUCACCGGUAUCCAAAACAAUGAUGGCCCCACUUGCAUCCAUCCAGUCAACGUUGAUUCCUUCAUUGGAAGGCAUCGAUCUCGCCGGCCGCAUACUUGAAUGGCAACUUAAAAAUGACAAUCUUUUCCCUUCGCUAGCUGAUCAAAUCAAGAUCGGGGAAGCACACGGUGUCAGCGGUCUAUCUGAUGUUGAUUACCCCAUGCUAGAAGUUGGCCCAAAUGGACUUCCUCUACUCAGGCAGAUGGGACUUGUUAACCGAAUUCCUUUACCCCCCGAGUUGGUGGAACACUUUGGCCACAUGCAGAGCUACUGCAUGAUGGGCCUUUUCCCCCUCAUUCAGCGUGCCUGGCUGAGCAUCGACAGUGAUAUUUAUGUCUGGACUUAUGAGGAUGGGGGCGAUUUGUCUUAUUUUGAUGGUUUGAGUGAGCCCAUCAUUGCAGUUGAGCUGGUUCAACCCAAACCGGGCAUUUUCCAGCCUCACAUCCAAUAUCUGCUAUGCCUCGCCACCACCGUGGAAGUGGUCCUGUUGGGUGUGAGUUUCUCUGGCUCCAACACCAACUAUGAAGAAAUGCAUCUUUUACCCGAACCCUUGUUCGCCGUUCCAACCGACGGGGCUUACAUUGUGACCAUCAGGGGCACGACAGACGGCCGAAUCUUUAUGGGAGCCAAAGAUGGUUGCAUUUACGAAUUCUUUUACCAGGCCGAGGAAGGAUUUUUCAGCCGCAAGUGCCGCAAAAUCAAUCACUCGAAGAGCACCCUGUCCUAUCUGAUUCCGUCAUUCAUCAAUGCGGCCUUUAGUGAAGAGGAUCCCCUCGUCCAGAUGGUGCAAGAUGAGAGUAGGCGCAUUCUCUACACCCGUUCGGAAAAGGGAACCAUUCAAGUCUACGAUUUGGGCCACGACGGACAAGCCAUGACCCGUGUGGCUGCCAUCAACACGAACACAAUUGUCCAGUCGGCUGCCAACAUUGCCAGGACGGUGGAUCGAUCCAGUUUUAAGCCUUUGGUUUGCAUCGCUCCCGUAGAGUCCAGCGAAUCGACCAAUUUGCACCUUGUAGCCAUUACGGCCUCUGGCGUCCGGCUGUACUUUAGCACGUUGCCCUGGCGUAGUUUCAACGAAGCCACGCCUUCUAGCCGCCCGGUGACACUCCAACUGGUUCAAGUUCGACUCCCGCCCGGCUACGCGGCCAACGCAUCGCCUCAACGGCCUCAGCAAGUCCAUUCGGCGCUCUACUCUCACGGAACGACUUUUUUAGCCACCACCACGGCUUCGGACAAUGACGUGGUCUGGACCUUGUCCAAUUCUCUGUUUCCAGCUGCCCAGCAACUGUCGGAGACGCAAAACACUCUGGGCUUGGACGGAAAGACCUGGGCGCUGGCUGAAGUCACCCCAGCUCCUAAAAGGGCCAUUGAGGCGUCGGCUUUUGCUCCGCCGGCCCCGGAACCGCCCCUCAUCGUCACCCAGCACUCGCUAGGACCACGAAAAUUCAUUUUCCUGACCACCCAGUGCUGCCACGUCGUCACCCAGCUGAGACCGGUGGAUAUCCUCCGCCAGUUGCUCUUUGACGCUUCAGGACCAGACAGUACGGCCGUUCGGGCAUUUUUCCAGGUUCUUCGAGAAGAUCAGGCCUGCGCCACUGCCCUCAUUUUGGCCUGUUCCACCAGCAUUCAAGACUCUCAGCUGGCCGAUUGGGCCGCCCGGGCCUUUUUCCUCCUCGGUGGCGAUGUGAAAAUCUCUUCCCAUUCGGUCCAUCCCAUUUCGUCACCCGCUUCGCCUUUCAUUGUAAACUCUCCCGGCCAUUUGAACACGACGCCCAGCCACUUCCAGCACCAACAAUCUUACUCGACCUUCACUUCGCCCGACGGUGGCGGAAUGGGCGGAUUCAACCCCAACGCCAUUUCGACUCCCCAAUUGGCGCCUUAUUCGCCCCAGUCGAAUACCAUGCUGGCCGGUGGAGGUGGCGAAGCGACCGACUAUCAAUUCUCUGGCCGUCACAACGGACUCUACUUGUAUUUCGGUCGUAUUCUCAGACCAGUUUGGCUCAUGCCCCUGGCCAGGGAUGUAGGCAAACCUCAACAGCCACUGCUUGACAGUGUCGUCACCAGUGAAGAAUUGUUGACUGUCCUGGGCCAGUUGAAUGCCCUCAAAGGUUUCGUUCACGCCAACAUCCACCAGAACGGGCCCAGCAGUUACCAGUCGAGCGAAAAGGGCCGCAUUCAGGAAGCCCAGAUGCAGGAAAGAAAAUCUUUGCUGGCCAUGAAACAGUUGCUGGACCACACGGUGGAAGUGCUGGCCCUGUGGAAAGUUUUGUGCGACCACCAACUUCAUUUGCUCGGCCAAUCGCUGUCGGCUGAAAUGCGGAUGUCGCUGAAGACGACGCUCUUCCGUGACUUGAUCCUCUCUGGCUCGGACACUUGCAUCGGCCUCAUCAACUCGCUCAUCCACCGCUACCUGGACGACGCGGCCAGCACGGACGCCAUCAGCGAGAAACUCAGACAAGUCUGCCCAUCUCUCUACCGCAACGAGGACGCCCUGUGCACGAAAGUGAACGAGCAGUUGCUCAAGGCCCGAACGACGACGAUGAAUCGGAUGGACAAGGAGCGUCUGCUGCAGCAAACCCUGGACACGUGCAAACAGAUUCCGGCCCGCAUCAAUUUGGCCCACGUCUGUCAGCAGUUGUCCGCCUGUCAGUACUACGGAGGCGUCGUGGAGCUUUGCUGCGUUGUGGCGGAGAAACUGGACCCUCACCACCGGGCCCUGCAGUGCUACAGUGGCCAGCAAGAGGAUCCUGCCGCUGUGGAGGCUCUUUUGGCCCGCAAGAAUUGCUACCAGCAAAUGUGUCUGGUCUUGCAGAAGCUCUACACGGCGGCCGCUUGUCACCCCCAGUCGCCCAGCGUUCCCAAAUCACCUGGACCGAUGGUGCAGACGACUCCCCUGGAACACGACGAAGGACUCAGCCCGUUGGAAGCCCAGCGGUUGGCCGAUGAGACGCUGUCGCUGGCCUUGCAGUCGGGCGAUGAACUCUGUCACGUCGCCCUGUUUGAUUGGCUGACGGACAACAAGUGGGACGACAAAUUGCUGGAAAUCCAAUCGGCUCACUUGGAGAAUUACCUCAAGAGGCAAACGGCCGUCCAGGGUGGCCAACAGCAAACGGACCUCGUGGCAAAGUACGACCUGCUGUGGAAAUUUUACGAGAAGAGUGGCCAGUUUAUCGCUGCCGCCCGAGUUCUUUCCCGACUUGCCGACGCUCAUAGCACGGCCAUCAGUUUGCCGUUGAGGAUCGAGUACCUUUCUCGGGCCAUUGUCUGCGCCAGAGCGGCCGAGACGAGUUCCUUUGGCAACGCGGUCCAGGGCCAGUUCCUCUACGAGAUGGAAGAGAAGAUGGACGUGGCCAAAGUCCAGUCGCAAGUCCUGGAGGCCGUUUCCAGGCUGCACAGUCGCGAUGCCGACACCAUCAGUCGGUUGCAUUCCGACCUGCUGGACGUGACUCAACUCUACGAGCAGUUUGCCGAGCCUUUGGGUUUGUGGGAGUGCAAAUUGGCCAUUUUGCACUGCGCCAAUCACUACGACGCGGCCCUGGUCACCAACAUUUGGCAGAACGUCAUCAACGCCGAAGUGAAGAAACUGGGCAACGCCGACUCUGAAACCAAGUUGGCCACCCUGGGCAGCAAGAUGAAGACGUUGGGGCGCACCUACGCCCAGUCUGAGCUGUUUUUCCCCUUGGAAUUUCUCGUCAAGACCCUGGAAACGCUUUCCAUCCGCUGGAACGGACCUCCAGAUUGGGUCGUGUCCAUCAUGUUGACGGCUGGCGUGUCUUUCCAGCGCCUGUUUGCCACUUACAACCGGCUGUACGGAGCCAAAGACGCGGUGUGGCAGGCGGAGGGCAAACCCAACCACUUGCUCAAAGUGCUGGCCGACAUGUUGAACCGGUUGGUCGACUCUUCAUCCGGAGGCAUGGCGGCCCUGGUCCCCACUGCCGAUCGCCGAGCCCUCAUCGGCCAGUGCGUCGAAGCUGUUGGAAUUUACCUGACGGAUCUGUUUUGCACGGUCCACGCCACGUCGGCCGGCCUCGUUGCCGAAUUCCGCACUCUGCAAGGCAAAUUGGAACUUCUGUGACGGACCAUUUAAAUUUUUCUUUUUUCUUUCUCCCUCCUCGUGAAAUUUGUCGAUCUUGUUUCUUUUCUUGUGUACGUGAUCCUCAAUGCUCCACCUCCCCCUUAAAAGAACCUUCCCUGUUCAUUUCCUUCUCUUCCUGAUCAGACCAAUACAAGACCCCAGCAUUGUGUGGCCAUUGAGAUAACAAAA